UGAGGCUGGUCCCAUAAAACCAGCAGUGUUCCUUUUGUUGACAGCAGAGUGAAGCGGAAGCUGUUGCUUCUCAGCGACGAAAUCGUACAGCAAUCAAGGCUCAGUUCUUUUCUGCGUGUUGGGAUAUCUCAAAGAAGCAGUCAUGGUGGCCAUGGCAAAGAGAAUGAAAUGCUUUCAAAUUAUCUUCUCGGACCCCACUAAGACUUUUUACUGCGGUGGGGACAAGGUGAGUGGCCGCGUAGAAGUGGAGGUGAACGAGGUGACGCGCGUGUCCGCCCUGAGGAUUUUGGGUCUGGGCAGCGCCAAGGUGAUGUACGCUAAAGGCAAGCAGCGGUGUCGACAGGAGGCCGAGUACCUGAGAUACGAGGAGGUUCUGCUGCUGGACGACCAUCCCACAGACUCUGAUGGAUCAGUGGUCUUGAGGCCCGGCAACAAAUAUGAAUACAUGUUUGGAUUUGAGCUCCCCCAACAAGGGCAGCUUGUGUCGUCAUAUAAGGGGAAGUUUGGCUUUGUCCAGUACUAUGUGAAGGCCCUGAUGGAGAGGCCACAACAGCCCAUUCUGGAGUGUAAGAAACCCUUUGAGGUGGAGGAGCCACUGGAUGUCAAUACCCCAGACCUGCUGUCUCCCACAGGUGGUAUGAAGGAGAAGAAAGUCACCUGCAUGUUCAUCCCUGAUGGCCAGGUGUCACUGAAUGCAAAAAUCGACCGCCGCGGCUUCUGUGAAGGCGAAGACAUCUGCAUCAACGCAAAGUUUGAGAACACGUGCUCCCGCAUCGUGGUGCCCAAGGCUGCCAUCAUCGCCAAACACACCUACCAGGCCAACGGCCGCACCAAGGUCUUCCGUCAGAAGCUGUCUUCGGUGCGCGGCAACCACAUCAUCUCCGGCAUGUGUGACGCCUGGCAGGGAAAGACCAUCAGGGUGCCAAAGAUCAAACCGUCUAUGCUGGGCUGCAACAUCAUCCGUGUGGAGUACGCUCUAAUGAUUUAUAUCCACAUCCCUGGUAGUGAGAAGCUGAUCCUGGAGCUGCCUCUGGUCAUUGGUACUGCUGGUCUGGGCAGCCGCAGCAACAGUGUGAGCAGCCAGGAGGGUUCGGUCAGCAGCGCUUCCCAGAGCUGGGUGUCCCUCAGGAUGCCCUCUGAGCCUCCCAGCUACUGUGACAUCACCCGCGACUGCCGACUGGACCAGCCCCUCACGCCUCUCCUGGACGACUUCGACGGUGACGACAGCCCCAUCUUCAUGAGCGCCCCAGCCUUCCAGUUCCCACCACCUCCAGCAUACACUGAGGCGGAUGAGGAGUACAAGGGCAACGCUCGCAUGUUGCCGGUCUGCUGAAAUCCAGCAGGGACUGUAGAACCGUGGUCCAGCUCUCAGGGACCGUUCAUAUUAAGCACUUGAAAAAGAGCAGAAGGUCCAAACUCCAGAGGAGAUGUGUUGGAUGGAGAAGUAAAGCCAUGACUGUGGAAAGAAGCUCACCUGCUCUGUCAGCAGUCUUCACCGCGCUUCAUCACCUACGCUGAUCUUGAGUCUUCCGCCCAGUGCUCUUUAGGUCAUGGACCAGUAUGUCGAGUCACAUAGGCUUGGGCGCGCUACAUUUCUGAAUAAGCUGUCUCUUCCACAGACUAGAAACUUUCAGGGUUUCUUCACUUCCCAGCCACUUUAUGACUUGAGUCUUGGGGGGGGCAAAUCAUUGCAUGAGUAAGCCCCCAGUCUGCUGCGACAUCUUUGCAUUUGGGUGGUUUGUCAUAUCCUCAUGUUGCUUAGACAUUCCUGUCAACCCCUGUGCUUUUAAGGGAUUUCAAUUGAGGAAACAAUCUUUUUUUCAAGUCCAGUCAGUUUGUAAAGAAUUUGUCAGGAAUGUUGUUGCCUUUGAGAAUUACAGCAUGUAGAAAAAUCUUCUCUGGCUGCUAAUAGAACUUAAUGCAGCAUCCAUAUUUUCUUAUUCCUGUAUUUUAUUGCACUUUUUGAUUGACGCAUUUUGAUCUUCUACUGCCUACAGGACUUUCCAUAUUUCAUUUUUAGUUUGAACAAUGUUUGUGAUGUGGAGAGUGGAUUUUCUGUAGGUAAAACUCUCUAGACUUUUUGGAACCUCACCCUGAUUUCCAAGUCCCAGCUUGGUGGUUGGCUGUAAAGUGCCAAACAUGAUCCAUACAGCAUACACACUCCUACAUCAAGGGAGGCACCUUAUGUGAGGAUUAUCAUUGGAUCUUAUAAACAGUUGUCAAAGACGACGUUAAACUGGGAGAUCUCCACUGGGAUGGUUUCCCAAUUUCUGUUCCUUCAGGGCGCAAAGAAUAUCACUGUUACAGACUGAUUUAUGAGACGCUAUGUUUGCAAUGCAUUUUUGAUACUUAUAAGAAGUAUUUUUUUGUAUAAAACCCUAUGGGUUAACUUUUUUAUUAAAGAAAUGUUGAAAAAAUA